CUAGAUACUGCUAUCUCCAUCUCUUCCGAGUUUAUGCAGCCGAUAUUCUUGUUGGAAUAGUCAUUUCUACUCAUUGGGGCUACAGAGAUAUGGUUUGACACAUCAACAUGUAUUUCUUGGGAGACUACACAGAGCGUUCAAUGGGAUUGUCAUCAGCAAAUAUUGCUAACGAAGGGAUCCAAUUUUGUAUUUUUGACUCAAGAAGGGGGCAGCAUGAAGGUCAAGAGCUUGACAAGAUAUUGUUCUUUUAUCCGUCCGAGUGCCCCUACUCAUCACAGCUAUCUGUAAUUGGACUUUGUGAAGGAAUAAUUACAUUUACAAGAAUUUUUUCUCCAGAGGCUGCUUGCGAGGUCAUAGAGGCAGAAAGGCACUCACAUGUGUUCUAUGAGGCGGAGCCUGAUAUAUGGAUGAUUAUGGUUGUUGAGAAAAGUAAAUAUGCCGAAUCUGUUUGGAGAUCUGAAGCCUUGCGUGGAGUGUUAAAGGAAACACACUCCCUUUUUGUCAUGUUUCAUGGUUCUCUGAAAACUUUAAUUGAUAAACAACCAAGUGGUGAAUUUGCGCGCACUCAUUUGUAUUACUUUUUCACUGACUAUCUAACUGAUUUUACUAUUGGUAAAAAAAUUCAGUUGCCUUCCUUUCGUGAAUGCUUGAAGGAACGAGGAACUGUUCAAAUGCUUACAAUAUCAAGGGAUAUGGCAAUUGAAAUUCAGUCUUUAGUCACAGUUCUAGGUUCUCCAAGCGGUGCCAACACAAUAUACAACUCUCUCAUUUUAUUUCAAGACCUAUUAGUGUCUACAACGCUUUCUCCUGAUGACACAGCAAAUUUAUUUGCAUAUUGUGUUAUGAGGUUGAGUCCACAUGCUUUAUCCUCUCUGAGUGUGAAUUCCUGGUCCUAUAUAAGAAAGUCAAAGUCUGCGUCUAACGUUUCCACAGUCUCUGCUGUAUGUGCUGCAUUAGAUGGGUCACAUGGCACAUCUCAUGAUGCUUCUCCUGGGGAGCAACCUAGGACAGUUAAUGUACCGCGGCCUUUACAACGGGACAAAUGGUCCAAAGGAGGUGAUGGAUUUCUUGUCACUGAUGUGUGGGGUGUGGAAGUAGGUACUUCAUUGCCACGAACACCAACACUAUGGCUGCAGCAGACACAUGAGCGUACAUAUCUUUGUGUUUAUCAAUACAAGAAUCUGACAAUAGUUCUCCUCAUUCCCGUGUCUUCUUUAAUAAAUGGUGAACAAGGGAUAGCUUUGGUUAAGAAUCAACUUCUGGAAAAUGUGUCGCAAAAGAUUGUGAAUAUUGAGGAGAAAUUAUCCAGAGGAUGGGGUGGAGAAAAUGCUUAUCAUGUGAGUGGCUAUCGCUAUCUGCUGCUUGAUGGUGAUAGAAACAUUUCAAGGGCUUCUCCGCCAGCCAAAGUCACAACUCUGAGCAAGGAUUCCUUGCUUGCUCUCAACAAACUUAGAGAAGAAGUUGAUUUAGAGAAGAAAAUAACAAUGUUGGAUAACCCCGAGCACGAGAAAGAUUUUGAAGCUUGUAUUAGAGCGAAAAACAAUGCAUGGGUUAUAGCUAAGAUUUCAAGAGGUAGAGCGCUUUACAUGGCCUUAGAGAAGGCCAGUGAGACACUGAUGUUUGCUUCUGAUGCUGUAGAGAAAUUCAGCAACAGAUACUGCGAAGGAGCAUUUUCUUUGGACUGAUGAGUCUUCUUUGUGACCUGAGAAGUUUGCAUGGUAAGUUCUCUUGCUCAUGUAUGUUACUUAUUUCCUCAUAAGCAGAACCUCCAAUGUCAUGGAAUAACUCUUACACUGGAGACAAUGAUAUACCUGCAUUUACUGUAAUCUGGAGCCAAUUAUAUAUACUUGAGAAUAUUGGCUUGAUUUUAUGGAUACAACAAGUAAGCAUGUAGGGAUUAGAAGAGGCAUGUCAUAUAUUGGUAUUAUACAUUUACCAUACAACAUUUUUGUUUGUAUAAUAGUUAUCUGGGGAUAUGCUUAGUAAUAUUUUUAUGUCUUAUA